AGAGGCCUCUGUGGCAGUUGCCGGAAGUACUUGCCACUGCCUGCAGAUGCCACGAAAUGCGCUUGCUGUCUCUCGUUUGUAGGUGAACUAGCUUCACUUCUCACUCAUUCUAAUUCAUUUACUUUCCCACAAAACAACCACAUGAUGAACCGUCAGAGUAAAGCUCCACCAAACCUUUCAGCUAAAGGUGCUAAAGCAGCAGCUCCAGCCUUCAAGCAGCAGCAGCCGCAGCCGCAGCCGCAGCAAAGAAUACCCCAGGAGUUCAAAGAAGCUAUGCUUCACAUCCCAGUGAAGCCAGCAAUCAACUCACAGCCGACAUUAUCUACGGCUGCUACCGCAAAAUCAGCAAAGAAACGUCCAGCGCAAACCUCUGUUGAUAAAUGGAGGUCUUCGUUUCAACCAUUAGGAGAUGGAAAUUACUCUAUGGACGAAAGCAAUGAAGGUUCACGAAGGGUUGAGAUUUAUGAUCCUUACGAUCCCGUCUCGUCAGACUCUGAGCACGAGAUGCUACAAGCCCAAAACCGUAACCAGUCACCCCCGGAUCAGGACAACCAACUAGAACAUCAGCAUUUGUCUCCAGGUCAAGACUGCCAGAAAAAACGCCGCUUUGCCUCGACCUUCAUUGAGUCAGUGAGCAUCAACAUGCAGGACUUGAGCCCUGAAACUGGACCCAGCGAGGGUCGAGAUCUCAGUCCAGAUCAUAGACUACCUGACCAUAGACUGCCUGAGCGACAGGCUUAUAGCCCCAGCACUGAAUCACAUGACAUUUCAGGUUAUGACUCCAUGAGAAGACAUCUGGACCACAGAGUGGACAGCCCUGACCGACUCAUUCAAGACUCCUCCACCCAACACUUUCCUCCAUCCUAUGGAGAACAGCGGACCAACGGGGAGGAGAGGAUCACAGUCCCAGAAUACAUGAGACAGAUGACCAAAGUUAGAUUAUCCCCCCCCAGGCUACAGAGGGACUAUCCACUUCCGUUGGAAUCCAGGAGAACAGGUUCUACUGGAUUGGACCAGGUUCCACCUUCAUCUGAUGUGCCAAGAAUCAGGAAGUUGAGAAUGAUAAUGGACACUAUCCCCUUAGACAUCUCCUGUGACCUUUGUGACGUUGAGUUUAUCAAUGGCUUGGAGCUGGAUGAUCACUUGGAGAGCAAGAGUCAUUGGGACAUCCUGGAGUACAUCCAGCAGCACAAUAACUAUGAUGAUGUGACAAUAGCCUUCAUACAGGAAGUCAUGCUGCAUAAAAGCCAUCAGUGCACCCGAACCAUAGAGAGUAGUGCACUUCAAGCUCUGCAGGAAAACGACCACAUGACAAAGAUUGAAAUGUUCCACUGUGCAGCUUGCAGCGUCUUCCUAUCCACAGCUGCUUCCUCAGUGCACGCUCACAUCACCUCUCAGGAGCACCUCGUCAACACCAAGGAUUUUCAGGUGGAGCGGAGACUUUCCUGCCUUGACAAAGCAGAAACCAUUAUGAAGAAGCUGAAACAUCAGUUUGAACACUUCCUGGAGGUAUUUUGCAAGAAACAACAUUUCAAAACUAUUCCAACUCAGCCAAUGGCAUCAUGGAGAAAUGUGUGAAGAAGGUGGCAGCCCAUUUGAAUGAUGCGAACCAAUGGAAGUCUCCAAAAGACAGCUGAUGAAGAACCCUGGAGUUAAACCACUAUCACCACCCGUAAAUGCUGCAUUUGAGUGGUGUAUUGCAGAGUCAUUCAGGAUUUGUCUGAAUAAAGAGUCUCAUCUUGUAUCAAGGUUUGUUCCCUUUGUCACACAUUGUCUGUCACAUUUGGUUAAUGUUAUCUACAGGACCCCUAGUGCAUCACCAUUUGAGCAUUUCAAGAGGACAAAGUGUGUAGUAUUAUUCAUUUACAGAAAUGUUUUUUUAUAUUUUGUGUGGAAAAAAAAAAGAUUGAAAAAGACAA